AACUUUCAACAAUGCAGUGAGGCAAGUACCUUUCUGCUGGCAACCGCCAAACCCAUAGAUGUCCAUCAGAUUGCCAGACAGGGAUGCGUGAUUCCCCACUUCAGAGAACACGUCUCCACUGCUGUAGAGUACAGUGGCAGCUGGCUGAGUUACAGUUGUUCCCAGUUGCUUCCACUUUGUUAUAAUACCACUACCAGUUGACCAUGGAAUUUUUAGUAGCAAGGAAAUUUAAUGGAUCAACUUAUUACACAGGUGGCAACUUAUCACUGUACCACUCUUGAAUUCACUGAGCUCCUGAGAGCGACCCAUUCUUUCACAAAUGUUUGUCGAAGCAGUCUGUAUGCCUAG